AUGCAGUGGAACAAUAGACAACCAUGGACUGGAAUACAUUGUGCUUCAAUGCCGCCACUCUGAUCGCAGGCGUGUUUGUCCUCGACUAUGGCGCAGACAAGUUCGUCGACCACACCGUCAUUGUCGGGCGGCGCCUAGGCGUCUCCCAAACGGUCAUUGCGCUCUUGACAGCGGGCGCGGAAUGGGAGGAGCUCGCAGUGGUGGUUGCCGCCAUUCUGCAACAUCAAAGACCCCUGGCCCUUGGGAAUGUCACGGGCUCGACAAUCUCCAACAUUCUUGGGGCCUUCCCUUUAGGGCUACUAUUUUACCCACAGGGCGUAGACUUUGACCGCAGCGCAAGGGUAUAUUCUGCGCUGCUGCUCGUGGUCACGACGCUAUUCGUGAUCCUGGCUUUCUUCAAUCAACUGAACCAGAUAGUCGGCGGGGUCUUGAUUGCCGUGUUUGGCCUCUACUUCGGCUCGAUCUUCUACGCUAUUUACAAGGGUGUAGCGUCGCCCCCAGAGCUACCAGACAGUGAUGAUGACAGUGACUCCGGAGUGUCCAGUGAUAACGAGGCCGACGAAUCUGCCACCCAGGCGCCCGAGCUCUGCGAGACCUCCCCUCUCAUCGCGAACGAGCGUAACCCUUCAUCAUCUACAGGGGAAAGCAGCGACGGCAGACGAAUUAGAAGCCUCCCGUACCACCUACUCCAACUCAUCCUCGGCUUCCUCGCACUGUCACUGUCCGGAUACAUCAUCUCCCACAGCGCCGUGACCGUCGCAGACUCCCUGCAUCUCUCCGGAACCGUCUUCGGCGUGACGGUCGUCUCCUUUGCCACCACUCUCCCAGAGAAAUUUGUUGCCGUCCUCAGUGGUGCCCGAGGCCACGGCGGCGUUCUGGCCGCGACCACGGCCGGAAGCAACAUCUUCCUCCUGACGCUCUGUGUUGGGGUCGUUGCACUGGCGGGGGACCAGGCACAGGAGGUGGGGGGUGGAUUUGUCGCUUUUGAGCUUCUGGCGGUCUGGGCUUCUUCCUUCGUAUUUUUUGCGGUCGUGUUUUUGGGACUGGGGAGAAGCGCGGCGGUUGCGCUCUUGGGUGCUUACCUUGCGUUUUUGUGCUUGGAGCUCACCGUUUACCGGCGGUGA